AUGCUUCAGCAGCAGUCUUCGCGAUUGAUCUCCUCGCUGUCCCAUUGUGCGUUCCGCUCGUCAGCAGCACCGCUCAGCGCCUCGCUGCGAUGUCGGACGAGCAGGCCGUACAGCAUACACGCCGAUGUAUCUGUUGGCGAAAAGAUCAGGGACAUUGAUCCCACCAAGCUCAGCAUCACCAGGACGACCACACCAAAGGACCUGUUGCCUCCAGAGGAACUCGUCUUUGGUCGUAAUUUCUCAGACCAUAUGCUCUCGCUCGAAUGGACAGCAACCCAAGGAUGGCUUCCAGCGCGCAUCACGCCCUACCAGAACCUCAGUCUCGACCCCGCGACCUGCGUCUUCCACUAUGCAUUCGAGUGCUUCGAGGGCAUGAAGGCCUACAAGGAUAAGAGCGGCAACAUUCGGCUCUUCAGGCCGGAUAAGAAUAUGGCCAGGCUGAACAAGUCAUCUGCCCGAAUUGCAUUGCCUACAUUUGACCCAGAUGCCCUGACUGAGCUCAUUGGCAAGUUUGUCAAGGAGGACGAGCGGUUCGUUCCCGAUGCACGAGGAUACUCUCUCUACCUUCGCCCCACCAUGAUCGGCACUCAGCGCACACUCGGUGUAGGCCCUCCGGCUUCGGCACUGCUCUAUGUGAUUGCUUCGCCAGUUGGCCCCUACUAUCCCACCGGCUUUAAGGCCAUUUCGCUCGAAGCCACAGACUAUGCUGUGCGCGCAUGGCCAGGAGGUGUCGGUGACAAGAAGCUUGGUGCCAACUACGCGCCAUGCAUUGUACCACAAAUGCAGGCUGCAAGCCGUGGAUUCCACCAGAACUUGUGGUUGUUUGGUGAGGAGGAGUACAUUACCGAAGUAGGCACCAUGAACCUGUUCGCUGCGAUCAAGAACAAGGAGACUGGAAAGCCAGAGCUGCUCACUGCGCCGCUCGACGGUACCAUUCUCGAGGGAGUCACACGCGACUCUAUUCUCGAGCUUGCGCGAGAACGCUUGGUGCCCAAGGGCUGGACUGUGACUGAGCGCAAGUUCACAAUGAAGGAAGUGGCCGAUGCCGCUGACGAGGGACGCAUGAUGGAGAUCUUUGGCGCAGGAACCGCGGCCAUUGUCGCCCCAGUCCGAAAGAUCAGCUGGAAGGGACGUCUCAUCGACUGCGGGCUCGAGGAUCACGUUGAAGCUGGACCUGUUGCUCAGCAGAUGAAGGAAUGGAUGGAGGCGAUCCAGUAUGGUGACGAGGACCACCCAUGGAGCUACAAGGUCCUUUAA